UGGAAGUGAGCCUGGUGGCAGCAACUAGGAAUUCAUAUCGCGAUGGUAGCGGUUCAGAAUGUGCGACGUCUCGUUUUAACCGGGGCAGUGGUUUCUGUAACCAUUGCAGGAUCGCUGUAUGGCGCAGGGUUGAAGACUGAGCAGGAGGCCACCCAGAAAACCCAAAAGCGUCAAGAAGCCACAAUCGACGAGCGAAUUUCAUCUCUCCAAACCAUGAGGGCAAGCCUGACAACCAAGAAAGAAAUGGUCGAGAAGCAGAUUCAGGACUUGGAUGCAAGAAUUGAGGCAAAAAAGGAAAAGGGCUUGGGUUCUGCCAAUAAGCCUUGAACGACGUGAUGGGGCUAGACCGAUCAAUUCGAGGAUCGAUCACCAGCAAUUCAUGUUCUCAAAUGAAGGUACGCUCUUUACUAUACACAUACGCGUGACAGUAUUACCUCAUUAGCGCUCGUGAUUAUUGAUCACCGCUAAAUUAGAGCAGAAACUGGUGGGUAGUCAACAGGUCUUUACGGCGAAGCAAGGACCCUGCUACCCAGUCAAUGGGAGGAUUUUGACUCGUUCCCAUACUUUAAUACUCUGUCAAAGGUGCCUUGCAAAUCCUCAUAGAACAUCUAAGGAUUGCUUCUGGUGCUCUAUCUACUCUGCUAAAGACAGCUGCCCAGUAAGCAGCAGCGGCAGUUCCAACACCGCGAAUUACAGCAGUUAAGAGGCUGCCAUAUCAUGGCCUCCGUCUAUAUUUGGAUAGUAAAGUUUGCAAAUGUUUCGAAAGGUUCGUGGCUUGACGGAAUAAGAUAGCUACUCUUGAAAGAUCCUGUUAGCUAGGGACUUGGGAGAAACUGUUGACCCCAUAUUCAAACCAAACCUUACAGAAGACUUGUUCAGCGAGCCUGUCUUUUGGAAGUCAAUAGCAAUAGAUAGAUCAGUCUACAAAUUAGAAAAGUACACUAUGAACUAAUUCUGGC